AUGUGCGUUGCGAUCAUUUAUAUUAAAACAGUAAACUUUUCUGUACUUUUCUGUUCAUCUAUCUUUCUCUCCUAUUUUUGCCGCUUUCUAUAUUUCUUUCUUUCACAUUUUUUUAUUUCGAGAGGUACAUUUUCUCUUCUUUUCAUUUCUUUUUAUAUUUUAUGUUUAAUUUAUUUGUUUUAUUUAUGUUUAAUUUGUUUCUUUGUUCUAUCUACAUUCUUUUCCCUUUCUUUUCUUUUUAUAUUUUUUUCUCUCACACCUUAUCGCCUUUAUUUUUUCUGUUUCCAUGAGAUUAUAAUCUUUCUAAUAUUCUCAUUUUCUUUCUAUCUUUCUUUCUUUCUUUUCUUUGCUUAUUUUUCUCCUUAUGUCUUCCUCUUUUCUUCUUUCUUCAUUUGCUUCCUUGUUAUCCGUCAUAUAAUUCACUCAUUCUUGUCUUCAUUACUUUUUAAUAUCUUUCAUUCAUUCAUUAUUUCUUUAUUCCAUUCAUUAUUUCUUUCUUUCAUUUAUUAUUUCCCUCUUGUUUGCUUUGCCAGUUUUUAUAAGCAAAGCGACAUUUGGCUGCAUUUCGUGAUAUUAUCACGCCUGACAUCUUGA